AUGGGGGUGGGAAGGAGGCUAGCGGGAGGGCUGAUGCCAGCCCAGCUGCCUCACGAGGAGGUGGAAACACAAGGCCAUGCCAUUAGUAUCCUGUUCGGCUUCUGGACAAGUUUCACUUGCGACACCUACAUAGUCUUCACUUGGAACAGGAUAAGAAGCAGCUGUGGUACUAGGUCCUCCUCUGAUGGACCACACAUUGGAAUACAGCAGAACGGGAGGCCAUGA